CUGAGAAAGUAGAUGAUCCGACGGUGGAUAAUGAAUGAAAGAGUAAAACGUGCGGUUGAGAUUGUAUCGCGAUUGAGGAAGGCGCGGGAAUGGUUCGCGUGUGGUGGUCCCCAACAUGUGUAUUAUCAUUAUGCACAUGUUUACGUGUGCGUAUUAGCCAAAGAUUUACUAAAAACUGACAAAAAUACAAAACUUUAGUGACUUUUCUUAAAGUUUUAACAAUUAUAGAACUGAACAUACGGCAUAUAAUGUAAUGGUUUAUCACAAAAGUUAAAUAUAAUACUUGUCUCUUUUGUAUACUUUGGAAAAUUAAUGACAAUUAUAAUCGUAAGACAUGAUUGCAUCACAUGGUUCACAUAAAAAAAAACACAAGGUUUUUUCGAAGGAAAAAAACACAUGAUUCAUAUCACAUUUUUACUUUAUUUGUGCAGAUUUUACGUUAUCUAAUCAUUUUAUUUUUUAAAUAACUCCAAAAUUUCGGGGAAAAAACUCACUAAAGACUAGAAUUUUGUUUGAACAAAACCAUUUGUGUUGUAAUAUUAUGGACAAUUAACUUGUAAAUUAUAUACGGCACAACACCGCACGACAAUUUUUAUACUUAAAUUUCUGUUUAAAAUAUGACAUAUUACUAAGUGGACUCGUCAUGGAAUUAUUCUUAUUCAAGGUUAUUAAAAAGACAUGUAAAGUAUAUAUCUGGUUCUAGAUAUAUCUUACACGACCUGCACCAAAAUAAAUGCAAUUGUGUGGUCAAUUUUCUUUUUACCCUAAUGUUGUUUGGUAAGAAAACUAUAUUAUAUACUGUGUAUAGAUCUAUAAAAAAAGGUCUGUUGGUGGGAUGAUCGUGGGAUUGAUUUCACAGACUAAUAUGGUCCACUGACGCAGCUCACGAUCAGAGGAGACCCGUAGUUUCCAAGAAAGCUUAUAAUGAUAAUACUUCUGUAAUGUAAUGUAGCCGUAUUAAUUCAUUUGGAAUAUAAAUUUCUGACGACCACAUUAUGUGGAAUAUUUAAUUGUUAAAAACAUCUCCAAUGUAAAAUUUUAUUUUUCUUCCAAAAUUCAAAAUGAAUUAAAGUGGAAAUAGAGUAAAAUUGCUCCAAUACUACUUCAUUUUCUACUUUAUAAUAGAGUGAUGAACAAACAAAAAAUAGAUUAUUCAGUAAAUUUCAUUAUAGAGUGAGAUAUGAAAUUUGGUUGAUGCAUUCCUUAUUCCAUAUUCACUUUUACUCUAUUUUAGAGAAAAAAAAUGGAGUGGAUAAUAGCAAAUAGCAUGGAAGGUGAAUAGGUGAUUAUACUAUUCUAAUCUAGUACUACGCUCCAUUACAUAUAUGGAGACAUUCAUGUCUCUUGUUUUUUCAAAAAUUUCCUACAAAAACUGGUUUACAUCUUACGAUAUGAAAGACAUGUCUUUUACUUGGCCAUUUUCUAAUUUAUAUAUUCGAUUUAGGUCCUUAUAUUUGGAUAGACAGACCAUUUUCCGGGUGAGAAUUAACAUUCAGGAAGAAUAAUAAUUCAACUCCUUAAGAACAAGAUGGAAUCACAAUUCGUGGAGACACCCAUAAAGGAAUAAGAAAGUACUUUAUCAUUAGUGGAUAUUCAUCAUAAGCAAAACAAAGCAAAAAGAUGAAUGAAAGUAAGAAGGAUAUAAAAAUAAAGAUAAAGAUAAAAGGACAAAAGAUUAAUCACUUUUUCUUUUAGUUUGUGUGCUCCAUUGAGACUGAAGUUAAAAAAGAAAGUAAUGAAUCAAACGAUCGACAGGGAUAUGAUGUCAUCAAUUAUUAGUUGAUAUCACCUUUGGAUACGGAGGAUCUAAAUUGUAUGUGUGUUACCUUGGUCAGUUUUGGUGCUUUGCUCAUCAAAACUGACCAAGGUAACUUCAAGCUCUCACCUAUGUACAUCACAAGAGAAACCCUUUUGGUGCUUUGCUCAUUCCCCGUCUUCUGUAACUUAAUUAAUGUACAUCCAUUGGAACUUGGAAGCUAAGCAUUUACUGACUUUACAUAUUAAAACUGUAGCUCAUCCUCAUAGGACACAAUUGUGAUUGUUUUUUUUUUUUUUUUUUUUUUUUUGGUAAAAAUGUAAAGAUAUUAUUACCAAGUUUUUCAAAUUUUUGACAGAAUACAAAGAUGACAAAGAGAAGCAGAGGAAUUGAAGAAAAACAACUAAACAAAGACACUUCCUAGUCUAAAGCUGGCUGACACAACAGCAUAAACCACUUACCAGAGGACACUACUCCAUCAGCACUAACAGCUUACCGCAAAAGGAAAAACCACGGUGAUUACGAGAGACGGAGCCCGGAAAAAUUGGCCUACCCGAUGAACCGCUCUUUAAGAAUUGGUUUAGCCGAGAACAGCUCACAGCAGACCUCCAGAGCAGAAGCCAACACGGCCAGACAGUAACACAAAAGGCCAAGCACACCCACUCGACACGGCAGAGCAUUUAUUCGGAAAGAAAGGAGAACUCCCAAGAACGCCACACGCCAUAGCCCUACACCAAGCAGGCAGAGAAAGCAAGCACCACCAUACCAUAGCAAUAAUGGACAGGAGACAGCCCCAGAUCAUGUUCCUGCAACGCACUUGCUCUGUAUGCAACGCCACCAAGAAGAAGAGUCAUGGUUGACUAAUCUGAUGACUAUCCUCCUCUCACGCACCCACAACGGAGAACCCGCAGCAGACCUACCUAGCUUGAGACCGAAAGCAUCCCUGGAGGCUCUCAAACAGAAAGCAAAAAGACGGGCUCGAUGAACUGCUUGUUACAACAUCCCGACCACGCUCACAAGGCCUACAAGAAGAGUGUAACCAACACUGUCGAGACAGUCCUAGGGACCACCGUCGACACUGGGAAGUGCCGGUCACCACAAGGCGUCUCUGAGGUGAGCUUAAGUCCGGAGACAACCCGAACAGUCUAAGCACCUCGCCUAUAGCUGAUUCCGAGAACCGGAAACCAAUCUCUUCACACGCCUAAGGUUGAAAUGGAGACACGGACCAACCUACACAAACUGAAACAAAAAGCAGUCUUCUGAUUUGCAGCCGGCUGCAUCACAGAAGAAACGGGAUGAAGAACCGGGUAGAGGAGACUGCUGAGCGGGAUGACGACGGAGCUGCCAAGCAUGGCCAUAGACAACCACACCGUUACAUCAGAUCCGCGUAUCUCCACAAGCCAACACCAGUAACCCUAGCACGCGCUAGGCAAGCCACCGGAAGAAGCACGCCAACGAGGAAACAACACUCCAAAGCACUCACGGCGUCAGAAGAGAGUCGGUGGUCUACCGAGACGCCAAGGCAAGACCACGAAACAAACUAUGAACACCACACCUCCGACGAAGACCAGAAUAGAGCAGAUCUAGUAGAUCCACCACCGGAACAGAGAGAGGAGUCGGCCUCCUACCACCACGCGCCGUCACCUCCAAGAUAGGGUAGAUAUGGAAAAACCCCCACUUGCGAAGCCCUAAAACGCCGACCCAGACUCAACCAACUCCUCUCUAUCCUCAUUUCAACACCAGAGAACCAAACCACAACCACCGGGUCCAGUCGCGACUCCGUCACCGGCGAGGUUCUUCUUCUAGGGUUGAACGCAUCUCGGCUAGAGAGAAGGGAGCGAAUCACAGGGUAAAAAACGGAAAAGAGGAAAGGGUAAAGAGAGAACCCUCCGGCAGCGGCUUAGACCGCGCACGCGCCGGAGGUAUACCGGAGACCACUGAAGAUUACGAAAGAGAAGUCGAGGGAGGGGGGGAGGAGAGAGAACCUUUCAUUCUAGGUGAAGCAAUUGCUUCUCAACACUUUCAUUAUGCUAACAAUUGUGAUUGUUACAAGUAAGUUUGUAAAUGUAAGAACUAUAGGAACACAUUAAUUAUUUAUACAGCGGUCACAUUUGACAUAUUGUUGUUCAAUUUAGGCGUCUCCCAUUUUUGGUCCUCAGGCACAUAUAUAGCCGUGGAUAAAUCACUGGUCCGUUCCCUUUACAUCUAUCUUCGGUUAAUCGGUUAUUAUAUUCCCGCCUGCAUUCGCAAAAUUUCAACCAAAAAGAGAAGUCACCAGAUCUGAAUCGAAUAACUAAACUAAACAUUCAGAAAUGUACUCAAAGUCAAACCCCUGGCUUGUUGUCUACUUGUCAAUUUCUAAUGACUGAAAAGAAUGUAAGACGUUUUGUUCUUCUGGCAUCCGUUGAAAAUAUAUGUUCUUUGAGCCAAGUCAAAAUAUCUUAUCCAAUGUGACCGAGAAAGGUACUUAUUGCCGAACAGAAUAGGUCAGAUCAGGAGCUCCAUUGUCAUCUGCAGGAGGCUUCUUCAACUUAUACAAAUUUUAUAACAGUGCCACCAUCGUUGAGCAAGUAAAACAACUAAACUACAUGCAACUAGUGUUUCUUGAUUUAGAAUAUGUUUUAAACUACACCCAACUAGUAUUUCUUGAUUCAGAAUAUGUUUUGUAAUAACCCAUUCAGACUAUUAUUCGGAAUGAAAGAUGUGUGCACGUAUGUAGAGUAACCAAGUUUUACAUAGGACUUUGACUAUUUAAAACCUCAUUUAAAUAAAAUUUUCAUAUGAAUGAAACUCACAUGCAUAAAUAGUAAGUAAAAACUCAAUAGAUUUAAUUACUUCAUCUUGCCUCAGGGCAUGAUGGUAUAUACUAAUUCAGGUCAAUACAAAUAAGAUCGCAGCUUGAAUCUUCAGUCUUGUGUAUAAUCCACUGGCUAGAUAGCAACAAGCAAAGAUGCAGACAUAAAAUCACAUAGUGUUGUACCCAUGACUUAUCUUGAAUAUAUAUAAGACUGGAAAAGUAAUUAACCAACAUGACUGUAAGAAACAUCUAAGUGAUGACAUAAGCAUUGUUAUCUUACCAAUUCAGAAGGAAUAACUUUUCUUUGCUAGUGUCUUCCAAGUAAAGGUCAGCUCAGGGUUUUCUGGAGAUAGAAAACAUAAUUCUCAUGUAAAAGAGAGUGCAGAAGAAUCUAAGAUUCACAAGCUAAGGCAGAGAGAGAGAGAGGGGAGAUCAUUGUUGUUCCAGAUGGCUGGAGUUUUAGGACACAUAUGUGUCUGGAUACUAAUUUGUAUCCAUGUAACACCAUUGGUGUUAGCUCAAGGCGGUACUCAGUUUGUGCAUUAUGACUUCAGGAAAGCAGACCUGUACCGUGAUGGAAUGGCAACUAUUGAAGAUGGCGUAUUGCAGAUUACAGGUAAUACAACCAAGAGCACCGGUCAUGCUUUCCACAAAACCCCCAUGAAGUUCACAACUUCGUCUUCAAGUUUGUCUUCAUUUUCAACAGAGUUUGUCUUUGCAAUCCUUCCACUGCACAGCCCCAUUUCUUUCGGUCAAGGUAUGGCUUUUGUGGUAGCUCCUACCACAGACCUCAGGUAUAACGGCACUGAAACUUCAGGGUUAGGGCUAUUCAGCACAGCAAAUGAUAACAAAACUACAAACCACAUCCUGGCGGUAGAGCUUGAUACUAAUGAUAGCCCUGAAGCACUUGACAUAAGUAGUAACCACGUGGGGAUUGAUAUAAACAGCAAAAUCUCGGUCGUAUCUGCCAAUGCUAGUUACUAUAAUCAUACAGAGGGGAAGAACAUAACCCUGCUGCUUGCUAGUGGAAAUAGUAUCCUCAUCUGGAUAGAUUAUGAUGGAAUAGAGAAGCGGCUUAAUGUAACUUUAGCUCCUGUACCAACUCCAAAGCCAGUUUCACCAUUCUUGUCAAGUUCCAUCAAACCAAGGGUGCCUCUCUUGUCAAAAACCAUCAAUAUUUCAGAAAUUUUCAAUGAAACCAUGUUUGUAGGUUUCUCUGGAUCCACAGGCACACUCAGAAGUGACCAAUAUAUUCUUGCAUGGAGUUUCAAGAAAGGUGGACAAGCAGAAAGCCUUGACUUGUCAAAGGUUUUGGAUCCCCCAAAUCCACCUCCACCACCUCCACCACCACCAUCAUCUCCGCCGCCACCCACUCUGCCACCAACCUCUCCACCAAAGUCAAGGUCUAAAGGCUCUAGCCUUGCUUUAAUUCUAGGCACUACUAUAGCAGGAACUUUGCUAAUAGUACUAGGAGGAGUUGUGUAUCUUCUUUACAAGAAAAAGAAGUAUGCUGAGGUUCUUGAACAAUGGGAAAAGGAAUAUAGUCCCCAGAGGUACUCCUUCAGGAACCUAUACAAAGCAACCAAGGGUUUUAAGGAGAAUCAGCUACUUGGAGCUGGAGGUUUUGGAAAAGUUUACAAGGGAAUACUUCCCUCUGGUACACAAAUCGCGGUUAAGAGAGUCUACCACGAUGCAGAGCAAGGGAUGAAACAGUAUGUCGCGGAGAUAGCUAGCAUGGGAAGGCUAAGGCACAAGAACUUGGUUCAGCUCCUUGGCUACUGCAGAAGGAGAGGUGAACUGCUUUUGGUUUAUGAGUACAUGCCAAAUGGGAGCCUAGAUAACUACUUGUUCAACAACCAAAACCUCACUUGGUCUCAGAGAUUGAACAUAAUCAAGGGAGUAGCAUCUGCUCUUUUGUAUCUUCAUGAAGACUGGGAACAAGUUGUGCUACACCGAGAUAUCAAAGCUAGCAACAUUCUUUUGGAUGCUGAUCUUAAUGGAAGGUUAGGAGAUUUUGGGUUUGCAAGGUUCCAUGAUCGCGGCGAGAAUCUCCAAGCCACGCGUGUGGUUGGAACCAUUGGCUACAUGGCUCCAGAGCUAACUGCAAUGGGUGUGACCACUACCUGGACUGAUGUCUAUGCCUUUGGAGCUUUUAUACUUGAGGUGGUUUGCGGAAGAAGGCCAGUAGACCCUGAGAGACCCCCUGAGCAAAUGAUUCUACUUAAGUGGGUUGCUAUUUGUGGAAGCAGAGAUAGUUUAAUGGUUACUGUUGACAGUAAACUCGAAGGAAACUUUAAAGCUGACGAGGUCAAGAUGCUUUUGAAGCUAGGCAUGCUUUGUUCUCAGAGCAACCCAGAGAAUAGACCAAGUAUGAGACUUAUAGUACAAUAUCUUGAAGGAAAUGUCAAUGUUCCGAGCAUAUCAUAUGAUACAGCUGGAUUUGGUAUGCCAAAUAUAAGCAAUGAAACUGUAACACAACAGCCUGAAACCUCCUCAUUAGCUAACUUCUCUUUUGAAGAUGUUACAGUCCUAUAUGGUGGUCGUUGAAGCCUGCAAGCAAACUUUUAUUCUGCUACAAUGUUGUGUCUCUUAAGUGAAUGAUUGUAUUGUGAUUGGUUGUUGAAUUUACAAUAACAUACAUGUUUUUUUUGUAACAUUUCACUUCAAGAUUUUAGAUUCAAUCUCUUCCAGACUAAGACCCUUGGUCUCAGGGACUACUAGAACUACAAACAAGAGUGAUACCAAUGCUAUGGCUCCAAAGAGAAGGAAGAGAUUCUCUGCUCCAAGAUAUUCCUGCAAAGGUG